CCACGGCGAAAUCAAAGUUGUUGUAAGAGCGUGUGUGUGCGCGCGCGAGGGGGGCAGAAAGUGGCCGGUGGACCGAGAGGCGCGAGGCGACAAAGCGACAAGUCGUUACCGGAUAUUUUUCUUUAACAAAACAUAUUUGUUUUUUGUUUUUUUUAAACCCUCCUCCAGAUUCUCGAAUCUGAAAGGAAGCAGCUCGUUUUGACGGAGUAUUUUCUUGUGUUUAGAAGCGAAUUCCCACAUGGAUGCUGCCCGUAACAGCUGAGUUUACAGUCUUGAUUGGUCCUGCUUGUCAGUACACCGGACUGGAGCGAUGCUCACACCUCUGUGCGAAUAGUUUCCACUGUCCUCUGUCGCCGUGGACGUCGGUUUAGCUGCUUCGGGAAUAUUUGAUGUUGGGAGAUGACGGAAAUCAGCGAGAAAGAGAACGAGCCUCAGAACAGGGACUUCCACCGGCAGGCCACCGUGCCCAGCCAGCCAGAGACCAAGUUGCAGCGGCUGAAGCGUUCCCUAUCUCUCAAAUCCGUCAUACGUAGCAAGAGUGUGGACAACUUUUUCCGGAGCAACGGCGAAUCGCGCCCUACCUCAACCCUGAUCACUGCACCCCCACCUCUGCCAUCUCCUCCCCCACUCUCAGAGUCCCCACUAGCCUAUGAGCACUCUCCAUCCCUGUCUCCAUCCAUCAGUCCCAAUCCCUCUGUGUCGUCUCAUUCCCCUUCUAUCAGUCCUUCACAGUCAAAACCUCAGGCCCAGCCAGUCAAGACUCACUGUUUCCAGGAGCAUGUCUUUCGGAGGCCUACCAGCUGCCAGCAAUGUAAACACAUGAUUCAAGGAAAUUCAAAGCAGGGCUUGCGCUGUAAGGCCUGUAAGCUGGCAACUCACCUCUGGUGUUCCUCUGAGCUCUCUCAGCAGGCCUGCAAUGGCAAGACAGGAGCGUUUAAGAGAAACUUCAGCUCUCCUCUCCUGACCAUCGAUCCACUGAGUGUUGUCAAAGAAGCUCCUGCAGCCCAGGAAGCAGAACAUGUCGUUGACCCCGUGUAUGAGGCCCUGCGCUAUGGCACCUCGCUGGCUCAGAUGAGUCGCUCCAGCUUUGGUAGCAUAUCUGAAUCCCCCUGCCACCACGAGGCAGAAAAACUGCAAGACAAACUAGAAAACCAGCCUAUCGCUGAGGAAGAAGAUAUCCCUGGAAUGCUCACCCCUCCUGAGAGCGAGAAGGCUGAUUCAGAAGACAGGGUCAGCCUGAAGACUCCGAAGCGAGUGGAGGUUCAUUCCAUUCAUACGUAUGUGGCCCUCUACAAGUUUCUGCCUCAAGAGAAGAAUGACUUGGAACUACAGCCUGGCGACAGAGUUCAAGUGACAGAUGAUUCCAAUGAAGACUGGUGGAAGGGCAAAAGCAGAGAGAAGGUGGGAUUUUUUCCAGCCAACUUCGUGCAGCGGCUCCGCCCUGGUGAGCGGGUGUGGAAGGUCACCUCUGGUUUCCAUGGCAACCGCGACAAAGGCCAAAUGACUGUGAAAGAGGCCCAGAUCUGUGUGGGGAAGAACGAGGAGACCGACGGCUUCCUCCGACUGAGCAGCGGGAAGAAGAGGGGCCUGGUUCCUGUCAAGAAUCUGCUGGAAAUAUGACAGCAACAUUUGUCCUUGACCCUCAGUCUGAUACAGGUGAUCCUAAUGAUGGAGGAAUACUCAGGAGCCAGCGCCCCACUGACAACCAACCACCCACCUCCAUGCCCGUAAAAGUGGCAGCGAAUUAGCAGCUUGAAUGGAUGGCAACCCACAGCUUUGUUUCUUUGCUGCAGAACACUUUAAGGGUUAGCUCUUCAGAGAUGCAGGAGCUUCUUUAGAGCUACUUUUCUUGUAGCACAACUUCACAUUGUGUGGUUGUUUGUACAUUCACAGGAGAAAUGUAGCAAUAUAUCAGAGUGUGAAGGAGGUCUGGCUACCUCACGGGCCAUCUUCACAGACCACCCGAUUGCGAAAAACAAGACAGGACUUCUUUCUGAUGAUGUCAAGACAUAUCCAAGCUUAAAUGCCAUAUAGAGCAUACUGUCUUCAUCUUGUUUGAGUAGUGAAAUGAUAAAUUUUAAGUGUUGUUGCUUGUGAAAAGACUUUUUGUUUGAACCGAAUGGUGUUUCGGGAGAGGAUUCCGUUUUGUGUAUAAACCAUAACGGUCUGGUUUCGUCUGUUCUGACUGCAGUAUAUAUUCUGCAUGUUUGUGGCUUUGAAGCAGAUUCAUAGUGUGUCACAUGUCAGGUCUCCUCAAACCCGAAAGUUAUUUGGGUAUUACAUGAUGUAAAAAUGUAAGCCUUCUUUUGACAUAUUGGUUAAAUGAAAGUCACAAGACACGCACACUAGUAUUUUCCGCAGCACAAACUACUCUCUGGUGAUUAAGAUAUGGCACAUUUGUGUUCAUCACAGGUCUGAUGUGGCAAAUGCUUCGCAUGCACCUCGGGGAGUUCUUACUUUGCCCUUCAGUUGCACUCUCUCUACACAUUAACACGUGCAAAUUCUACAUUUCACUGGUUACCAUGUAGCUCUAAAAUUAACCCAGAUUCCUUCACAUGUCGGUUACCUGUCCUCUAUCUAUAUGUAAUGUCCUUUAGUGAUAUCAUGCAUGACUGUGAAGAUCAGAGUUAGUGAUGAUCCCCCACCAGGAAAGAGCAGAGCAAAGAGAUAACCCAGGAUAGAAGAAAAACAAAGAGGAAGAGUAAUGAUGAUUGCAGUGGAGCAGUUCUUCACAAAAGUUAUUUCAUUAACAUCAACUGACUAUAUUUCAGAAUUGGAUUGAAUCAUUUAAAUUUUAUGUCUUUGGGACGGUGGCAGGAACGUGACUGCUCGUUCACAUUAAAUUAUGAGGCAGGAAAUGGAACUGCCCUGGUUGUGGCAAUAACGGCAUAUAAAUACGUGGCAUAAUUUGUAAAUAUUGCACUGUAUAACACACUGUAUAUAUUGGUUCUGAAUAACACUGACUAAGAUGUUUGCAGGAGCCACUUAGGGGCAUUCAUUUCAGUUAUAACAUGCAGAAUAUAAUACCUGAUUGUUUUAAUGUACACUGCCAGUUAAACAUUUAGACAUCCACUUUGCAUUUGAAAUGCAAAGUGUGUCGAAACCUCUGACUGGUACUGUAUGUAUGCAUCUAUUCAAGUACCACCUAUAUCCGUCAGCACAGAAUUCUCCAGAUACUAUGCACAACCGUUCUAGUUCAAUUACUUUCAUCAGCUUAUUUCCAGUGUAGCGACACAUGUCUGUCAAUCGAUGCAUACGUUUGAAUAUUGACUUGCAAAGUGCCCAUGCAACGCCAGUCUGCAUCGUGCUUUUCCAAUACAUCAUCCUUACUGACUGGAACCAGGUUUGGCUCAGGAUCUGUAUUACCAAUCUUACUUAACUGCACACGACUCGGCUAGUUCUCUGCAUGGCUAGCUGCCCUGUGAUCCUCUCACAUGUCAAUAAAGUUGGCUGAACUCGA